AUGGCUGGCACGGCCAAGACCCUGCUCCUCGUCUUCCUCCUUGCUGUUGCGGCGACCUCGACGCCGGCUGCGGCCACCACGCUGACGCUCCACAACCUGUGCCCGUACCCCGUGUGGCCGCUGGUGACCCCGAACACGGGGUUCCCCGCCAUCUCCGAGAACACGGGGCGCCUGGACGGCGCAGGGCGCGGGCUGGUCUCCAUCCGCUUCCCGGACAGCUUCUGGGCGGGGCGCGUGGUGGCGCGCACGGGCUGCAGCUCCGUGCCGUCCCGCUGCGAGACGGGGAGCGCGCCGCCGGCGACGGUGGUGCAGCUGGUGGUGCACGCGGAGGGGCAGGACCUGGCGGCGUACAGCGUGAGCCUGGUGGACGGGUUCAACGUGCCCGCCGUGGUGAGCCCGCAGGCGGUGGCCGCCGGCGGCGGGCAGUGCCCUGCCCUGGGGUGCGCGGCGGAUCUCAACGCCGGGUGCCCGCGCUCGCAGCGCGUGGUUGGGGCAGGGGGCGGCGUGGUGGCGUGUAAGGGCCCCGCGGGAUACUUCAAGGAGCGGUGCCCGCUGACGCGCACCACGGCCACCGACGUGGAGCCCGUGCCGCAGCGGUGCUUCGCGCCCGGCGAGCUCAAGGUCGUCUUCUGCCAGUCCGCCAUGGUGAACAACGCCGCCGGCGAGCCCGGGCGCAUCCGCACCGUCGUCGCGGACAACUAG